CUAACAAACAAGACAGUAAGGGAUUGCAAAUCCAAGUGAAGGGAGGAGCUAUACUGCCACUCAUUGCUAGACGAGACAGCCCCGGAUACCUCAAGCCAGCAGGGCUGCGUUGGUGCGGGCUCUGCGGUGCUGAAAGGCAAUAGCCAUGUGGCGGGGCCUGGUGCAGUAACGCGGUUGCGCCGUGACGUGGUUAGCGCGCUCAUCGGGCGGGCUUGGCAUUCGGGGUUGCAGCCUCGCAAACCAGUAGCUAGAGCAGAUCCCUAGCUUGACAAGCAUUACAGUUUUUGCAAGCAGCCUGUGCUGGUGCCCUUCAGGCGCCCGGUACUGCUAGGCGUCGCAGAUAAACGCCGCAAAGCGGCCUGCGGACAAGUCCAGCAGCCAUGGAAUCUACCGGCGUUAAGUUAGCUGCCUCAGAUGCCUCCGGCAACAGCGCUGCUCCGUCGACUUCUCCUGCUGCUGCUGCUGGUACGGCAGCUGCGCCUGGGCCUGCCAGCGCCCCAGCUGCUGCACCUUCCUCUGCUGCAGCAGCUCGGCCUCAGCAACAGCCUCCUCAGCCUGCUCCACAGAGCUUCACCACGCCCCGGACCCGCAUCUACUACAACCCAGAGCUUUCAGAGUUCAGCUUGGGUGACGACCAUCCCAUGGUGCCUCACCGCCUGCACCUCACGCACCGUCUAGCCGAGCUGUGGGGGCUGUUUGACGACCCUGCCGUACAGCUGGUCCAGGACUACGCCCCUGCCACACCCGACCAGCUUCGGCGCUUUCACACUGACGAGUACAUUGCUUUCCUGGAGUACUUAGACACGCUGGAUCUGGCCAGCAUGAGUGUGGAAGAGCAGCAGGAGCUGCUAGGUGACGAUCUCGCGCUGUUCGGGCUGUCCGUCUGCCGGCCCGCCGUACCCCAGGAAGAGGAGGAUGAGGAGGCCGCGGCAGCCGCAGGACCAGGACCGGGCUCGGCGGUUGCAGUGAAGAGCGAGCAGCAGCGCGCGUCGGCGUCCCGGCAGCAGCAGGAUCAGCGGCAGCAGCAGCAGCAGCGGCAACGAGCAAAGUCCGAGUCGCAGCAGCAGCCCAUGCGGCAGCCUAAAGCGGAGGCCAAGCCGGGCGGACAGGUAGGGCCCUGGAACGGCGGGUCAGGCCAGCAGAUAGAGCCUGUGGUUCCGCCGCAGUUGCUGGCCCUGGCCACGCAGCUGGUGGUUAAGCUGGUCCCGCUGUCGAAUCAGCAACUGACGCCGGCGCAACAGCAACAGCUGCUUGUCUACCUGAAGCAGCAGCUGCAGCAACAAAAUGCACCCAUUGCCACGUCUCAGCCGCCUAGAGGGGGAUUUGGGUCGGGCGGAUCAAGGCCGUUGACCAUGGUACGGCCCGGUCAAACGCAGCCGUACGGAAAAGGCGGGCAGCAAUCCGGCGGAUCUGGAUCCAAAAAGCGUAAAGCGGAUGGAGGAGGCGGUGGUGGGAAAGGCAAGGGCGGAAGCAAGAAGAACGCCAAGGGCAGGCGCCGGCGGUCCUCGUACAGCGAGGAUGAUGAUGAUGACGAUGAGAUGUCGGAGGAGGAUGAGGAUGCGUCGCCGGCGGCGCAGCAGCCGCAGCCGGCGGCCUGCGCUGGGGCGACUGGGUCGUCUCGUCCGUCGCGUCAGGCGGCGACUGCGGUGGCGGCGCUGACGAACGCCGUACGGAAAACGGAGGCGGAGGAAAGCGAGGAGGAGGAGAGCGAGGAGGAUGAGGAUGAGGACGACGAUGAUGAGGGAGGUGAUUGCCCCAUCUUCCCUGGGCUGCUGCGAUACGUGGGCUUGCAGGCCGCCGGCAGCAUCCUGGCUGCUCGCGACCUGGCUUCCGGCGCUUGUGAUGUGGCGGUGCACUGGGGCGGCGGCAUGCACCACGGCAUGCCGUACCGGGCGUUUGGAUUCUGUUACGUCAACGACCUCGUGCUAGCCAUUCUGGAGCUGAUGGCUGGGUGCGGGCGGGUGCUUUACAUCGACGUGGACGUGCAUCACGGUGACGGAGUGGAGACAGCGUUCAAGCGCUCGGAAAAGGUGCUCUCGAUUAGUCUCCACAAGUGGGACGACGGCCGAUUGCAGGCCUCCAUCGACACGCUGAACCACGGCAAGCCGCAGCGCCCCGUGUUCUUCCCAGGGACCGGAAAGAAGAACGACCUGGGCGAGGGGUCCGGCAAGUACUACACGGUCAACGUGCCGCUGCAGGAUGACAUCGCGGAUGAGUCGUACUUCAACGUGUACAAGGCCGUCGUGAAAACGGCCUUUGAGCGCUUCAAGCCGCAGGCGGUGGUGCUGCAGUGCGGCUGCGACUCGGUGGCGGGCGACAAGCUGGGUCGCUUCAACCUCUCCAUCCGAGGGCACUCCAGGUGUGUGGAGCUGGUUCGCGAUCUCUGUCGUACGGGCGGCUGCGAGGGCGGCGGCGCGGGCCGCGGGGGGGCCAACUGGCGCAUCCCGCUGCUGGUGACGGGCGGCGGCGGCUACACGCCCCCUCUGGUGGCGCGCUGCUGGGCGCUGGAGACGGCGGUGCUGCUGGGGCGGACGCUGGGGGAGGCGAUGCCGCCGGCGGUGGCGGCAGCGGCGGACCUGGCGGACCUGGGCCCGUCGUACUUCAAGGAUGUGGACCUGUCGCGCCCCCCCACCGCGCCCUACUCCAUGUGCCUGGACACGAUACUGCUGCCGGGAGCCCACAAGCAGAUGGACUCCGACUACAGUCUGUCCCGACUGGCAGGAUACCUGACGUCAAACAUGCAGCGGAUAACCAUCCGGGACGCACCCUCGGGCACCGCUGCCGCCGCCACCGCCGCCGGUUCCGGCGACAAAGCAGCGGAGGAGGGCGCCGCUGCCGCCGGCGGCGGCGGCACAGACGCGCAUGCGGCCGCGCCCGCCGGCCCUGACGGCAAAGAGGGCGGGAAAGACGCCGCCACGGCGGCGCCUGCUGCCAAGCCGGCCUCCAGGUCCCGGAAGUCCGCCUCUGCUAGCGGUCCCGGUGUGGCUGACCCGCUGCGCCACCUGACGGCCGUCAGCAACUACCCGGAUGCGGAGGAGUACAUUCAGGAUCAGAAGGACCGUGUGGCCGCGAAUGCGCCUUGGGCCGCCAAGAUGCCUCCUCCGCCGGUGCCCAAGGGACGCAAGGCGCAAGCAGCAGCUGCUGCGGCGGCCGCUGCGGCGCAAGGAGGCAACAACAACAACAGCCGUGCAGGAGGCGCCAAUGGCGGAAAGCAAGGGGGGUCGGCGGCGGGAGGCAACCGCCCGGGAGCAUCUGGGGCGGCGGCAGCGGGUCAGGGAGGCAAGGGUACGGCAGCUGGCGGUACGGAAAAGCAGUCCGCUGCAGCUGCGAACGGUGCGUCGGUGACGGUCCCGUCGCCCCACGUUCCUGGUCUGCCCACAAUAAUGCCGUACAAGCCCAAGUCCGGGGCCGCUGCUGCACAGCCGGCCACGGCGGCAAAGUGAGGGCUACCAAGAGCCUGUUAGCGCUGACUCACCUCGCCCUGGGCUGCUGGGCGGACGCCGUCCUUACAUACCGAGAGGAAUGGCCUCUGGGGUCGGAUACUGGCGGCGCAUAUCGGGGGCAAUUGCUGUGCAUUUAAGGGGCGGGAAUUAUUGCUGUGCAGUUAGUAUAUAUGUGGCUUGGGUUGGUUCGUGGGCAGGUUUGUGCAUAGGACGUGUGGCUAAUUUCGGCGCGCACACAAUCGCGAGUGCAGCGUGUGUGUAUGUGCAUGCGGUUGCUUUGGUAGCGGUAAUCAGUAGAUGGGUGCAUGUUGGAGCUUGGCGAAUAGCAGCAUCGCAUUUGCGUGUGCGUUAAGGGUAGCACUGGUCGCAAUUCGUUCCCAUUACUCUUGGCGUCAUGGGAGAUCUCCUCCGAAGGGCAUAACGGGCUGCCUCUGCAGUACAAGAAACUCGAGACUCGAAUGCGCUGCAGUUACCAGAACAUGGCCAGGGGCAAUGUUCCUUACUGACAGCGAGCACGAGAGCAAGGAAUCGUGUUUGCAAGUUACUCCUACGGCAAACCCAGAAGCCAAGCGUGCCUUUCACAGUAGACUGGAUAUAGGUGGCGUAUCCUGCGGGUGUACUGGUCUUGGGCGGUUAGAGGCAGUGCCUAGGGCUUCUGUUUGUGCAUGGAUUGUCAGUCGGCUUAGGUCGCUUAGAUUCAAUGCGUCAGUAGUGGCGAGUGUGAGGAUAUGCUUUGGCAACGCUAAGUUGGCAUUACAAUGUCCUUUGUCACUACCAAGAAUGACAGUUAUGCACGGCAAGUCAUGUACGGAAAGAAAAUCGCUGGUUGCAGCAGUAAGGUGUGCCCUAGGGCGCGUAUUUGUAAGGGUUGGCGAAACC